UACAUAUACAGCGCCACCCUCCCUCUUCCCUCUCUACAUCUCCCUCCUCGCUCGUAGUAACUCGAGUCCUGCUCCCUGCACGGUCCUCCCAUUACCACGAGCGAGCGCGUGUCAUCUCAUACGGGCGCGCGGGGGUACGUGGUGCUCUCUGCGCGCGCAUGGCGGCGAGCGAGCAGAGCUCCGAGUCCUCGUCCACGUCCUACGCUUCCUCCUACUCCACGUCCUCGUGCUCGCCCAGGGCCGACGCCAAGAAGCGGCAGGACGGCGGCAACAAGCGGAAGCGCGCGGCGGCGGCGGGCGAGGAGGAGGAGGAGGCGGCCCCGGCGGCGGCGGCGGCGUCGUCGUCGUACCGCGGCGUGCGGAUGCGGGCGUGGGGCAAGUGGGUGUCGGAGAUCAGGGAGCCGCGCAAGAAGUCCCGCAUCUGGCUCGGCACCUUCCCGUGCCCGGAGAUGGCCGCGCGCGCCCACGACGCCGCCGCGCUCAGCAUCAAGGGCGCCCGCGCCGUGCUCAACUUCCCGGACCUCGCGCCCGCGCUGCCCCGCCCGGCCUCCCUCGCCCCGUGCGACGUCCAGGCCGCCGCCGCGCGCGCCGCCCUCAUGCACGACCACGACCACCAGUGCUGCUCCGCCUCAACCUCAACCUCCCCCACCGCGGCGCCGGCCUCCGCGUGCGGCAAUGCGCCGGCGCCAAGCGACCAGCCGGCCGCGCGGGACGAGCCGGAGCAUGAGCCGGAGCCGUUCCAGCCGAGCCAGGGAAGCGAGCAGCAGCUCACGGCCGCGCAGGUGGAGAUGGUGUUCGACGAGCUGGCGCCGCUGUGGGUGGAGGACGUGGUGGACUUCGCGCCGUCCGAUCACUGCUGGACGGCGUACGAUUGUCUCGACCCCCUCGGCUACCAACCUCUCCUGUGGGAGUAUUAAUUAGGCUUGCUGUAAAACACCCGCCCCUUGAUUUCCUCUCUUCUUCUUCUUUUCUUGGUUUUGUGUGGCUUUCUAGUGCUACUUAAAAUGAAGCACAUUUUUCGCUUUUUCAUUUGGUUUGCGCACGUUCGGGUCGGUUGGGACUACUUGUAAGUUUGAGAUGUUUGUGACCAAUUUAGCUUAGAUGUGAGUUGAGUUUGAACAUAAGAAUCUAAUGUACAUGUCAAAAUAAAAUAAAAUUACGCGGGCUUUAGGUUACCGCAAAAUUACGUGUUU